AUGCUGAGCUUUUUCCGUCGAACCCUUGGACGGCGGUCUAUGCGUAAGCAUGCGGAGAAAGAACGGCUAAGAGAGGCCCAAAGAGCUGCAACCCACAUCCCUGCAGCUGGGGAUGCAAAAUCCAUCAUUACUUGCCGAGUAGCGCUGCUGGAUGGAACAGACGUCAGCGUGGACUUACCGAAAAAAGCCAAAGGCCAGCUCCUGUUUGAACAGAUCAUGUAUCACCUGGACCUUAUAGAAAGCGACUACUUUGGAUUAAGGUUCAUGGAUUCUGCACAAGUGGCACAUUGGUUGGACAACACAAAAAGCAUUAAAAAGCAAGUUAAAAUUGGCCCACCGUAUUGUCUGCAUUUUCGUGUAAAGUUUUACUCAUCAGAGCCCAACAACCUACGUGAAGAGCUAACAAGGUAUUUAUUUGUUCUGCAGCUGAAACUGGACAUUCUUAGUGGAAAAUUGGAAUGUCCUUUUGACACAGCCGUCCAGUUGGCAGCUUAUAACAUGCAAGCUGAACUUGGAGACUAUGAUCCUGUUGAACAUGUCCCUGAACUGGUGUCUGAGUUCAGGUUUGUUCCUACUCAGACUGAAGAGAUGGAACUAGCCAUUUUUGAGAAGUGGAAGGAAUGCAGGGGGCAAACACCAGCACAGGCUGAAACUAACUACUUAAACAAAGCUAAGUGGCUGGAAAUGUAUGGUGUAGACAUGCACAUAGUCAAGGCAAGAGACGGCAAUGAUUACAGCCUGGGACUAACACCUACAGGAGUUCUUGUCUUUGAAGGAGACACAAAGAUUGGUUUGUUUUUCUGGCCAAAGAUAACAAGGCUUGACUUCAAGAAGAACAAACUCACUCUAGUUGUUGUUGAAGAUGAUGAACAGGGAAAGGAGCAGGAGCACACUUUUGUCUUUAGACUGGAUCAUCCCAAAGCCUGCAAACACUUGUGGAAGUGUGCAGUGGAGCAUCACGCCUUCUUCCGGCUCCGAGGUCCUGUCCAAAAAAGCUCAAGUCGAUCAGGCUUCAUUCGGUUAGGAUCCCGGUUCCGAUACAGUGGGAAAACAGAGUAUCAAACCACCAAGACCAACAAAGCCAGAAGAUCGGCAUCCUUUGAAAGAAGGCCCAGCAAGAGAUAUUCAAGACGAACACUGCAAAUGAAAGCACAUGCUGCUAAACUUGAAGAAACAAGUACUGCAAACCAUGCUGUUACCAACCAAACUAAUGGAUCACAAAUCUGGAAUGCAAAGCCAAACCUACCUGUCCUAACAGCAGUUCCUUCUACCCCAGUCUUAGUGGAAAUAGAAAACCUCCCAAGAAGUCCAGGAUUCAGCCAGCAAGACAAGAAGUGUGUACCUCUUGUUGAUUUGCUAGACAGCACGGAGUUGCCAGAAACUUGUGUUGAUGACACCAUAGGACGUCCAGUUGCUGGCUUGGCAACAGGAGAUUCAGAAGAGGCUGUUAGUUGCCCUCAUCCUGGCACAAAGGAAACUGCUGCUGAAAAAGCAGACUCUGAUCCAUUUGAAGACACGUUCCUAAAACUGAAACAGCUGGAGGCAGAGCGCAGCAGCCCCGUGCCAACUGAGCGUCCCAAUGUAAACAUAAAUGUACAGGAUGAAGUGGUAAAGUUGACAGAUAAAUGUCUUAACAAUGCAAUUGAGAGCCCCAUCAUAGCAGCAACGUGGCUUCCAGCAGAUAUCAAAAGCAAUAUCCUGAAGGCCCACGCAGAAGCAGGGCACAAGGUUGUAAGAGAAGACAGCCUGACAGGUGUCAAGAAUUCCAAUAUUCAGGAUGCUGCUGCCAGGAACAUUCUCCUGUCAGGCAAAACACAGAGUAGUCCCCCAGCAACCAGUCCAGUAUUUCAAGACCCAGGAGAGCUGCUGAAAGCAACCCCUGCCUUGAACACCUUUGUUCUUAAUGCGUUAAAUGAGGACAAUGCUGCCUCUAACCAUGAGGACCUGCUGAUUCCAGCUAGUCUGGCUCCAGCUGAGGAGGCUGCUGUUUCAAAGAGCACUCCAGAUGACCAGGACGUUUCCUUAACAUCAUUGACAGAGAAUCUAAUUGACUUUACAGAAGCCACACCUCGGGUGUCUUCCCAGCCCAUGAUAACCCCGAGGUGGAUAGUGCCAACUGGACUGAUUUCCAAUGGGCCUUUGGGAAGUGAUGUUGCCUUAGCUAUGAAGGCCGUGAAAGGCAGCAUGGAGACUCUGUUGUCACCAGCUGGACUGCCACCACCCCAGCAGGCAUCCGAAGUCCUUGCAAGCCCAGUUACUGAGGAUGCUACAAUAAGAAUGAAAUGUUUACUCACCACUGAACUGUAG